CACUUUAUAUCCUUGUGAUAUUUUUUGAUACAUUCAUGCCUGUGGUUUGGAUGUGCAAAUGAUGUUGAUGAGUCAGCCUCUUGUGUGUGCAGUAAACCCAAAGAAAACGGUCCGUAGUUCUACGACGCAAGAAGAUGAGGAGUUGCGCUACGCCUAUGGUCCCUACCGGUGCAUCGCGGGUCGAGGAUUCUC